AUGGCGGAUUUCACGAAUUGGUUUGUCAAGGGUGACGAAGGGCUACUGCAAGAGUUUGAGGUCUACAUGGUGGAGCAGAUUGUCAAAAAGACGUAUGACGAGUUUGUCAAGGAAGAAGCAGAGAGGAAACGCAGAGAAGAGGAGGAAAGAGACUUGGCGGAAGCUCGCAAGUUUCAAGUCUACAACCUCAGCGUCAAGUUUUUCUACCGUUGGAGGGAAAUCGCACGGAAGAAUCGUCUACACAGACGUCGUGUCAGGGAUCGGGAGGAAUACAAGGCGGCGCUGGCCGAGAAAUUUGCCGCCGAGGCGGCGCGGAAGAAGAAGGCGAAGCAAGUCGAAGCCGCUCGACUGGCCGCUCUCCAGCGCAGCAAGGGCAUCGACCCGGUCGACGAGUUCAGAGACCUGCUCCAGAUGCAGAAGGACAAGUCGCAGGACCACGAGGAUGCGCUCUGGGCCAGCGGUAUCCUGGCAGGCAUCCACGAUGAACGCGAAGCGAUUGCCAGCAUCGUUAGACACCACAUGCCCCCGCCAGCAGCACCGACGCCGAAAAAGUGGAAGAAGUCGCUGCCUCCCAGCAACGUCAGCAUCUCUCGGUCUGAAUCGGCCAAGCCUGGUAGUGCCAAGACGCAGGCCUUGCGGGAGAAGUUCAGCGCCAGCACCAACAACCGCUCGACUUCCUUCCGUCGCUCGCUGCCGUCCAGCACCGGCAGCUCUUCUUUCCGGGCGUCUCCGUCGCCGAGCGAACCUUCCAAGCGCCAAAGCAGGGUAUCUGAUCGUUGGCGCCUAAAGGCUAUGGGCCUUGUUACAAUGCCAGAUGGAACCGCUCUGCCGGAAUCGCUCGCCAACUCGAUGCGGUAUGACGGAGCCAGGUACGAUGGAUGGGGCUCGUUUGGGCUGGACUCGAAGACGCAUCACCGCAGCCGUAGCACGUCUGCGGAUGUCGGGGCCGCCGCCGCCGCUCGCGAGCGCUUCUCGCAGUCUUUCCACAACCGAUCGGCAUCCGAAGCCAAAGGGCCCAGGGGCGCCUCGCCCACCACGAUCAAGCGAAAGAGAUCAGUCGACGACGAGCAGAGCACGGCAGUCGAUAGCGACACGAAGAAGAGGAAGGCAGCCGGCAACGCGGAUCUCGAGCAGAUCCUGCGUGACGCCAAGGAGACGCUGAGCGCCCUGAGGAGCUCGAGGAUGGAACUGGACGAAGGGGCUGGCUGGUUCAGGGAGCAGAGCGAGAUGAUGCAGCAGGAGGAGGCUCUGAGCAGGAGGAGCAGCUCGGCAUGGGGCGAGCGGCUAUGA